GGCUACAUUAACACACACUGUUCAUGUGGAUCACUUCUUCAGAGGGAUGCGAUGCGUUAUGGCGCUCUUUAAAAGUUAAAGCGAACGUAAACGCUCAUUGCACUUAUCGACUGACAUUUUCAUUGACUUAAUUUGUAUUCAUCCGGACGUGUAUUGAUUACAACUCGUGCACAAGUGUUGAGGCACGCGCAUACAGCUUCCGACAAACUGACAGCGUCGAUGUGCGGAGGGUCCGAAGUGACUCAUGCUGGUUCCUGUGGGCCACUAGACACGCGGACCUCACGAUGGUGAUGGUUGUCGACGAUGCAUUUCGGAGAGGGCGCGUGCAUUCUCAAAACUUAUGUGUACGUCCUGCUUAAUGCAACUUUGCCACAGACAUGUAAGGCAGAAUAAAGGGCCACUUUGGGGCGGACACGUCGUCUUUUAAAGGAUCAUACAAGACUCGUUUCACAGGAGAAUAUUUUAUCAAGCAGACCCGUUAGUAACCCGCGCAAGGAUGACUGAUGUACUGUCUGUGUACAUUGGGAUGGAGGUGCUCAUUGCGCUUUCCUCUGUCACUGGGAAUGUGAUGGUGGUCUGGGCUGUGAGGAUAAACCGAACACUACGGGACACGACCAUCUAUUUUAUCGUCAGCCUGGCUCUGGCGGACAUCGCGGUCGGGGCUCUUGUCAUUCCUCUGGCUAUAACCAUAAGCAUCGGACUGACGACUCAUUUCUACAGCUGUCUGCUCGUGGCGUGUACAGUGCUGGUACUAACGCAAAGUUCAAUACUCGCACUCCUGGCUAUUGCUAUUGACCGCUAUCUGAGGGUCAAGAUACCGAUGAGCUAUAAAAGAGUGGUGACCCCGAGGCGUGCCGGCACUGCGGUGGUGCUGUGCUGGAUGGUAGCCAUCAUAGUCGGCCUCACGCCCAUGCUAGGUUGGAACAACCUCGAGAAGCUACGCAAAGCCAACGAGACCCUUGGCACCAAUCUUCUCAUAAUCUGCAAGUUUGAGAACGUCAUCAGUAUGGAGUACAUGGUCUACUUCAACUUCUUCGGCUGGGUGCUGCCACCCCUGGUCUUCAUGUUGCUCAUCUACGCCGAGAUCUUCUACAUGAUUCACAGGCAGCUCAAUAAGAAGGUCACGGCCAACCAGAGAGACCCCACGCGAUAUUACGGAAAGGAGCUGAAGCUGGCCAAAUCCCUGGCGCUGGUGCUUUUCUUGUUCGCCGUUGGCUGGCUGCCUCUGCAUGUGCUGAACUGCAUCACUCUCUUCUGCCCGACCUGUGGCCAAUCAACACAUUUGCUCUAUAUUGCUAUCCUGCUCAGUCACGGCAACUCCGUCGUCAAUCCCAUCGUUUACGCGUUCCGAAUUGAGAAGUUCAGGAACGCUUUCGUUAAGAUCUGGAAACAGUACUUGUGCUGUGCCGAGAGGUCGCAUCUAAAGGAUCGGCCCGGCCUUCAGCGAGAUAGCAAAGAGAAAAGAGUCAAAAGACUGAGGCACAAUGACACCUGACGUAGCUUUUUAAAAACUCGUUUUAAAAAUAUUAUUUUAGACGAAGUCGUUGAUCGUCUGUUAGACGUCAGAAGACGUACGCCACUGAAAUGGAUUAGAUCGGGUUUAACGUGAAAGUGUUUCUGUGAACUGGAUCAAUGGUGCAUUGGAUGAGUUGCGCCACCAUUAAAUAAAUGAAAAGAGCCUCUUGUAGAGGAAUAGCCACACUGUUCAACUGGCAUUAACAUCUGUGGGAAAAUAUGUAUCAGUAUUUACCAUUGUGCCAUGAUUUGCACAUUUUAAAGUGGUCACCACAGAAGGGCUUUGUGCAGAAGUGUUAAAUACUGCUUUUGGUUAAACUAAGUAACUUAACCACACUUGCUGCUUAGUUUUUAAAUUGAAAGAGGGUGGUAAGAUUGUGUCGUGAGAAAAGUUUGCUGAUAAGUUCCUCUUUUAAGAAAGAAGAGAUAUGGUAGAUUUGUUUGUCCUUUGAAUUCCAUUUGUUUAUAUUCACAGCAAGCGAAAGUUGUCAAAUGUACAGAAGGGCAGCUAGGUCCAUUUGGUUUUAGACAAUACAUUGUUAGCACGAGAAACGUGACAGGGCUGUUUUUGGUAAUAUUUGAUUUCUUUGUUUUGCUAUAAAUAGUUGCUGUCAUAUAUACUACACAUAGUUGUAACACAAUAACAGCUGGCGACUUUGCGAAUACAUGUCUUUGUUUGUUUGCAUGCAGCCGUCCAUCCACGUAGCUGCAGACAUUUGCAUUUGAAGUCACGAAAAGCAGGAAGGAACUGUGAAUAAAUCUAGAUUGAAUGAUACUGCCGGAGGUCUGAUGUGUUUUUCUCCUUAAUAUUGAGGUCCAUCAUAACAUAAAUGAUGCAUAACCAGUUGAAUAGCUCAAAUGUUCAGGCCUCUUUCAAUUUUAAUAUGGGAAAUAACAUUGUGAGAUUUUUCUGAAACUGUCACACAAACUGCACUGUUACUCUUGA